CGCGCUCCUGCCUCGGCCUCUGUCCCCCACCCCCUUCCCCGGUCCGGGUCUCUCCUUCGUAAAGAUGUCGGACACGGCAGUAGCCGACACUCGGCGCCUUAACUCGAAGCCGCAGGACCUGACCGACGCAUACGGGCCGCCAAGUAACUUCCUGGAGAUCGACAUCUUUAAUCCACAAACGGUGGGCGUGGGCCGCGCGCGCUUCACCACCUAUCGAAAAGACACAAACCUACCUAUCUUCAAGCUGAAAGAAUCCUGUGUACGGAGGCGCUACAGUGACUUUGAAUGGCUGAAAAAUGAGCUGGAGCGAGAUAGUAAGAUUGUAGUACCACCACUGCCUGGAAAAGCCUUGAAGCGGCAGCUCCCUUUUCGAGGAGAUGAAGGGAUCUUUGAAGAAUCUUUCAUUGAAGAAAGGAGGCAGGGCCUCGAGCAGUUUAUUAACAAAAUUGCUGGGCACCCUCUGGCUCAGAAUGAACGCUGCCUACACAUGUUCCUGCAGGAGGAGGCAAUUGACAGGAACUACGUCCCUGGGAAGGUGCGCCAGUAGGAGCCCCUCUCACCACCUGCUCCUCUACUUUCCUGCUGAGAUGACAUUGGUUUUUACACUAAGCCUCUCUCUCUCUCUUUGAUCUGAAGUUGGCUGCCCAUCUCCUGGCCUGAUAAACUGUCUGGCAUUGUACCCCUUGGUACCUCCUGACUACACCUUGUGGGUAUUCUGCAAGGAUCUUCUCUGAGGAGAAGUGGGAAAUCACAGGCAGAUGCCCUUUGCUUGGGGGUGGGUGGGUGGGUGGAGGUUAGACUGGAAGGCAAUUUCUUGGGCAUUUACUCUUGCCAAGGCAAACUGGGGGUGGGGCGGGGCUCGUGCUGGUGAUACUUGGACACAUACCAAUGCUGCAAGUCCAGGGGAUUUUCCUUUUUCUUAGGUUUAACCAGGAACACUGAGCAGGGAAAAACCCUGCCUUUCCUACCUGCAUGAACCUUUUCUUUUUGGGGAAGGUGGUAGCGAUCAAAAGCUCUCCAUCUUUUCUCUAGGCCUGUUCCCAGUUUUCUCAGCAGUUUCUUUUAUCAUUUUCUCUCUCCCUUGUCACUUUCCAUGGCAGUAAUCCUCCUAGAGUCUAAGCAGUCUGUUAUGUAUAGCAAAGUGUGGGUUUUCUGGGCCCAUCUUCAUGGCUGCUACAGAGUCAGAAGAAAGCUAUAGGGAGUAGGGGAGCUCCUGUUGCCUAGCCCCGCUUUCUCUGUGGCUCUCUACUCUGGCUGCCUACUUUUGCUUACCAGAAGGUGGGUCAGUGUGGGCUGGCAGUUCUCCUCCUUCAAGCCCUUGCUACUUUAUGAGUUAGCUUUGCAGGCUUGGUGGCUUAAGGAUGGGGCUAACUCACCACUGCCAAGUCACUCCUUGAAUGGUGGCAGUUGGUCGUAUCCUAGGUUUCUGCAGGUUGUAGGGAAGAACAUUACCACUUUCUUUCUUUUAUUUUCCCUUCCCCAUCCCAUUUAGUGUUGCCCCAAGGGCAGAAGCACACAAACCAACCACAGUUUCUGAUUUCUCUUAAGCACUUUGAGCUGUUGAAUGGGGCUCAGGAGCAGGGGUUGUCACUGCCCUCCCUAGCUUGGUCACGGGGUUAUUGAACUGCCUGCACUUGUUUCCCAUGGAAUGCCAGCAUUCUCCCCAGGACUAGCAGCUGGGUAUGGAUUUCCUAAAUUUUGGAGUCUAGAGUAGCUUCUUGUGGCUGACAACUGUCCUGAGCUUUUGUCUAGAGGGAAGUGUUUUCUUUUUUUUUUGCUGGGGUCCACUGUCUCUCCCAAGUGGUGUGAUGAGAACAAGUUAACUCUGGUGCUCAGCGAAAGUUGGGGCCCUUUGCUUAGACUCCCGAUCAUGAAAGGAUUAGAAUUUUCUAUACAGGGCAUUGGGGAAAGGAUUGCUGAUUCUGACAUGACCCUGGUCAAAGAGGUUAGGAUUAAAUUUUGACAUGAAUGGAGCCCAUCUAAAUGUUGACAUUCCUUGAGACAGAUGAACUCUGUAGCUGCUGAGCUCCCUUUCUCACCUUGCCAAUGUUGGUAAUGUUGCUGCCUUUUUGAUUUAUAUCCUCUGUUAUAUCCUUUUUUUUUAAGAUUUCUUUUUUCAUUGUGCACAAGUGCUGAGAGUCUGAGGCCCCAUUUCUGCUGUGUAUAUAUCCUGAUUCGGGGCUGUUAUUCAUCAAACUGUUCAUUCUUCUGUCAGGAAAUGUCAUAUUCGAAUCUGUUCAUAUUAAACCACUGUGAAGCAAGCCUCUGUUUUCUUCC